CGCGCUCUCCUGCGCGCCCCAGGGGGUGCGCACCCGCGAUCUCCGUGAUCGCUGUGUUCUACGGACACAGCUGAUCACGUGCACGUGAUCACGGUGUCCAAUGACACGCUGAUCAGAGGGAAAUGCAAGUGCCGGGCACUGACGAUCAGUGCCCUGAUGAUCGGUGCCCAGCAGUGCCACCCGCAAGUUCCACCCACCUGUGCCCAGCAGUGCGCCCACUAGCUCCGCCCACCCGUGCCCAGCAGUGCACCCACCUGUGCCCAGCAGUGCACCCACCUGUGCCACUCUGCAGUGCCACCUACCUGUGCCCAGAAGUGCCACCUACCUGUGCCCAGCAGUGC